AUGGAUCAUCUCCCAUCUCCCGAUAGACCCCUCUACACUCCCAAGGUACCAUACGUCUGCAAGGGGACAUAUCACGGAUCGGGGAUUGAGAAAUAUCCUCGUCGAAAUGGUUGGGAUGUUUUGAAACUCCUUGAUGGGGAGCUUGGAACUCACUCUGUGGACGAACUGGGGUCGUUCAUUCAGACUUGGCUCUACUUCGGGGUCCUCGCCGACGUGUUGACCAUUAUUGGCCUGGAAUUUGAUCAAAGCGAAUAUAUUGCCCAACUUCCAUCUGGAGAAAGAGUCGUGACCUCCCUUCCACUGCUUGCACAUAUCUCAACCUGGCAGAAGAGGGCAGAGUCCCUUGCCCCUGAUGAGCGCAAAAAACAAGGCAAGCAAGUUAGACAAGUGCUGGAAAAAGCCUCGCUCUAUACGAAUAGCCUUUUGACCAGAACUUCCCAGCCACCGUUGACGGGAAUAUCAGAUGAUAUUACUCUGUCCAUUCUCGUCUUGGGGUCUACACUCUUUCGUGCUGCAUCCAAGAUAUGCUUGAAAGGCCUAGGAGCUCACUAUGCCAAUAACAUCUUGGAUACCGAGGAGUUCCCGGAGGCGAGGGAAGAUGAAGAAGACAUAAGUACUUGGGCCGAGCCAUAUUGGGGUUUCAGUAGCUUGUCAACAGCUCGAUUGGUGGAACAGGGCUGGUGCACCCGGGAUAUCACCAUGCUUCAAGACCUGUUCUCACCUGAAUCAAUACACUACAUCACGUCACUGGGCAUCACAAAGAUAGCUGACCAUUCAAAGUGCACUGGCUCUACAUGUGUAGGAAAUUACGUUGACCCUGAAGGUUAUCAAACUCAGCACACGGAAGCUGGAUGCGAAUGCGAACUCAUUGGAGCAGAUCAAGACCAAGUCGUCUCGAUCCUAGAAGGCGGCGGCAUACCAGUUGUCGGCUUCUCAUGGUAUGGAAUAAACAGAGACGAACCACUCUCCAUUAUCAAGUCGUCAAGUUCCACGCCAUAUGUUGCAAUAUCUCACGUCUGGUCGCACGGUCUCGGAAAUGUCCGGACGAAUGCCAUCCGCAAAUGUCAAAUGAUACGACUGUGGGGAUAUUUCCAAAAACUCCAAGGGAUGGAACAUCAGCCAGCCGAGACGCAGAGGUUCUUUUGGCUCGACACCCUUUGCGUUCCGCUGGCCAACGACGAGUCACGAAAAGCUGCCAUUGCCAGACUGACCGAAACCUAUCGUGAGGCAGAGAUUGUCCUCGUUCUCGACCAGGAUCUCCAGCGGUGUCCGAUUCCGACUACCACGGAAGAAAUUAGCAUGCGGCUGGGUUGCUCGGAUUGGAUGCGCCGGCUGUGGACUCUGAAAGAGGGCGUCCUUGCGCGGAACCUCCAUCUCCAAUUCCUUGACGGUGUGGUCGACCUCGCGAAGGAACGCGAAAGACACGAAGGCAAAGUGUCCAUAUCCGACAACAUCGGCUCAGACUCACGACAGCUCUAUUCUGACAUCGAGAUACUCAAUAUUGCGAUCGAAGGCUCAGACUUUGAGGUCACAAAGUUGAUCCACAUCUCCAAUGCUCUCCGAUAUCGGUCUACCAGCAGAACAGGCGACGAGGCGAUCUGCAUUGCGACAUUUCUGGGGUUUCACACAGAUAGGGUCUAUGACUUGCCUCCAGAGAGGAGGAUACCGUAUUUACUCUCCCACAUUCCACAGGUGCCGCGGCACAUCAUGUUCAUGGCGGGCACGAAGUUGCAGGAUGAGGGUUAUAGGUGGGCGCCUGCCAGCUUCUUGAACCGGAACACAUCCACAGACACAUACGCCCUGACGGCUGGAUCUUCCGUGCCGCGGACCACUGCAGGCUUGAGCGUCGAGUUUCCCGGCUUUACCAUAAAGUACGGCGGUGAGCGCUUAGACAGCGUCUUCUACAUGAUCGACCGGGCGGAGCGGGUGUGGUACAAGUUCGAAUCCGCAAGACAUGUCUACCCCGAGUGCGACGAUGAGCCAGAUUGGGAGGAGACCUUGUCAGCUUUGCCAUCUCCGGCGGUAGUCAUGCCACGGAACCUGACCGAUGCCGAUGCUGACGCGGGCAGCACACUUGUCUGCGCGCUGGUCUCACAGGCGCGCAGAGACGGGCCGACCAUCCGGGUACGCUUCGAAGCCCGAGCGUUUGUCUCGCGAAUCGUACAGGACACGAUGCCUACCGAGCUGUCCACCAUCCUUGAGGACCCCGAUGCAGCCACCGCGGGAAGGAUGGCUAUCUGCGAAAGUCAGUCUGCGGAUCAAAGCUGGUGCAUCUGCUGA